AAUCUUGCGACGGGUAUGCGCGGCUGUAGACAACUAUGCAUUCUGAAAUGAGAUAAGACUGCCCGAAAUAUUGUUAUAAUGUACAGCUGAUGAGAGACGAAGAUGAGAAUAUUUUUUUGCAAGUACGCGUACAUACAUAUUUAUAUCUAUAAGUUACAGACUUUUUUUCACUGUAUAAAACCACAUCUAACACCAACUGCAAAGAAGGGUGUUCUUAUUUCCAGUGACUGUGAUCGCCAACGUGUACUAGAAUGUCUUUUGUUGAUAGAGGGAGAAGAAAUGAAAAGAAAGAGAAUGGGACUACGUUGCAUUGUUCCGGUUGCCAUGGUGGCGUGUUUGAAAAAUAAAUGAAUCAUUGCUUUAGUCGAUAAACCAAAGAAGCUGGAUCUUGGGAGCAGCAGAAAUUUCAUUUCAGGUAUUGCAUUUAGUUUGCCAUGAAAGAGACUUGAGACUCUGACAACUUUCCAAGGACAAGAUGUCGAAGGCGGAAUCUGUGAGUACGCUGAGUAACGACGACGACGAGAUGGACGAUUUGGACGGAUCAAUAAUUUGGUCCCAGGACGAUCCAGUAUCCUCUAACGAGAUGAUGGAAAUUGAAGAUAGUAUCGGCCCAGGAGGAGAUACUGCUAAUUUGCUGUGCAGACUGUGCGCAGGCAGAGCUAUAGAUCCCAUAUACAUAUACUCGGAAAUUGGUGAAUCGAUGAAAUUGGCACACAAAAUGAACACCUGCCUAAGCAUAAAGAUUCGCAGGACCGAUCCGCUACCUAAGCAAGUGUGCCUGAAUUGCGCGGAGAAGAUAAUGUACUGCAACGACUUUGACACUCAGUGUAUAAAGGCGGAGGAAACACUGUUGAUGAUGUUGCGAGAGAAGCAGCGUUUUGAAAUUCCGGAACUAAUAACAAACGAGAUAUUGUGCGACGAGAAGUCGUGUCCGCUGUGCUUGAAUGGACGAAUGACAACAGGUCCACCUAACCGGACAGAUCCAAUAUCUGCGGAAUUGUACGACAGCGAUAUCGUGCUGGACAGCAGCGACGAGGAGAGAGCGUACGAAGAACUGAAGGCGGAGAGGGAAUCUGGCGGAACUUCGAUAAUGCUUCAGUGCCUGGGUAACAGGCAGCAGUACCUCAAGUGCGGAGCCUGCAUGAAUUUGUACCACACCAAAGAAACCCUCGACAGCCACAAGUGUAAGCCAAACGUCCAGAGCACCUCGAAACCCUACAAAUGCGCGAUCUGCUCGGUUACAUUUACUUUUGAGGAGAGACUCAAUUUCCACAUGAGGUUUCACGCCAGAGCCAAAGCUCUUUAUUGCGAGAUUUGCAAAAUAACGUUUGGCAAGGAGUUGAAGCUGUUUUAUCACUACAAAAGGUACCAUUGCGAGGCGACAACCGUAUCCUGCCUACAGUGCGGCAAACUGUUUGAAAACCAGUUGGCGCUAAGAACGCACGUUUGCGUCGAUGGAAAGACGAGGCCUCACAUCUGCGAGGUUUGUAACAAGGGUUUCUCGGAUGGCUACACCUUGAAACGCCACGUCGUGACGCACCUACCCGAAAAACCGUACAAAUGCGGUCAGUGCGCGAAGAGUUUCACCCAGAAGUCGAGGUUGAACAAACACAUAGCGGGACACGGCGUUGUCAUCGAGGAGUCACAGACCACCUGGAAGUGCGUUCAAUGCGGGGAGGCGUUUGCCACCUGCGACGACGCCGACAAUCACUACAAAACGCACGAUGAAAAAAUAACUCUGAUCGAGGAGCUGACCGCAUCAAAAAUGUACCACUGUGAAUUCUGCAACAGCUUUUUCUCCGAUUUGGACAACCUAAAAACACAUCAGAAUUUACACUCAGUGGAAAAACCGUAUAGCUGUAACCAGUGCAUGACCGUUUACAAGUCGUACGCGGAAGCGGUUCUGCACUGGAAGGAACAUCCAAGGAUCUUCAAAGUGUCCAUUGCCUUCUCGUGCGACAUUUGCAGUAAGGACAUGAAGGAACUCUCGCUACUCUACAAGCACAAGCAAAAGCGACACCACUACAUACCGAGGAGGUCAGAGAGCGGGGAUCUCAAGUUUAUCUGCGAACUGUGCGGCAGUGUGUUCGACAAGAUGACUGAGGUCCAAGAACACGGCAGAGAGCAGUGCUCCAAGUUUCCAUGCGAUAUAUGCGGCAGCCUGUUGCCCACGGCCAAUUCCCUCAAUGCUCAUAAAAGACGUCACAGCGGACUCAGACCCUAUGUCUGCAACAUCUGUGGAAAAAGCUACACCCAGUCUAGUCACAUGUGGACGCACAAGAGAUUCCACAUGGGGGUGAAACCCUACGCUUGCGAGUAUUGCGAUCAAAGAUUCACAAUAAAACCUGACCUGGCCGACCAUACGAGGAAGAAACACACCAGGGAGAGACCGUUCAAGUGUGACGUUUGCCACAAAGCUUUUCUCACAGGUUCCGUGUUUUAUCAACACCGGCUGAUUCACAGAGGAGAUAGGAGGUACAAAUGUCACUACUGCGAAAAGGCGUUCACCAGAACCGAGGCUCUCAAUAAUCAUAUCAAAAUACAUACAGGAGAAAAACCUCAUGCAUGUGACGUGUGCGGAAGAUGCUUCAGGCAGAAGGGUGACAUGCGUAAACAUCGAAGAACACAACAUGUUCCUAAACACGAAGUUGUGUGAUAUUUCAUAGCUACAGAUUAUCCAGACUCUGAAAUAAAGUUUUUUUUCGUACCACUUCA